AUGGCAACUUCAGCUGAUCAUCCAGUAGCAACUUGUGCUGCAGAAAUGAACUUUGAUCUCGAUCUUAAUUCUAUCGACAUUGUGGACCUAGAUCUUAGAGACGACACCCUCUAUUUAAUAGCUGGGGGGAGGGUUAAACAGGAAUUCAGCAAGAUUCCCAAAGGGAACCGUUGUGCCAUCUUACGAAACAUGAAGGGCAGAGUUCUUGUAAUAGUCAAAGAAGGGAAAAUGGCUGUAUUUGAGGAGAUGUCUGAUUCAGAGAUUACAGCCAAUGCACCUCGGACUCAAUUUAUAAUACAACAUUAUAAAGAGACCCUCCCCAAAGGGUUAGCUGUAGCCAUCUCUGUGAAGACUGAAAAAAAGACUUAUACACUCUCCUGCAAAGACAAAAAACUUCAUUUUAAGGAAGGUGCUGCCCCAGACAAAAUUGAUGGCAAAGAACAGGAUGUCUUAUUCUACCAAGAGAGAAUUCCAGGCCAUGAUGACAAGAUGCAAUUUAAAUCUUUUUUGUACUCAGAAUACUACCUGGCAUGUAAGCAGGAAAAAAAGGGCAUUUUUAAACUGAUUUUAAAGAAAGGGUGCCAAGAUGAGGAAGGAUCUACAAAAUUCAUUGUACAUUAUGAAUGUAAGAAAAUAGGCUCGUAG